AAAGAGUUCUGUCCCUUUGAUGACGCCCGUCCCAAGUCACUUAUAAUCAACAGUACUUUGUUCUUAUGUAUGUAAACUUAUAUUUAAGCCAUGCUAUCAACAUCACAUGCAAGAACAAGUGGACGAAUACAAGAUGAAAUUGACAAGUUUUGAUUGCAGGCCUCAACGAAAAAAGCAUGCUGGUAGAUUUUGGUCAUUGGAGCCUUCAACCAUCAGUGUCAUGUGACAAGCCCUCGUCUGAUGGAUAUGAGGUUGAAAAUCUGACAUCACGAGACUCUUCCCUCCAACGUAGAGGUUUCCUGGCUGAGAACUUCAUAAAACCCCCUGUCAACAUUACAUACAAAUUUCCAUGUAAAAUUUCUAUCCAUCAGAUAUUUAUCAACCCAGUUGUUGGAGCUCAGAAAUCUACAGCAAUUGAAAUCUACACCUCAUCAAACAGAAUCAUAAAUUCAUGGCUCGGUGACAUUGAUUCAGGUAGAAAUGGCAGAAGGGGAGGACUUUUUGACAGCCCUUUUUUCAUCAAUAUUGGCAAAAUCAGUUCAGACAUACCAGGACGAUUGUGUUUUACAUAUCCAAGAUUUGUAGCAACCCCGCCCUACUCUGUGGACAGAAUGUGUACCAAUGGAUGUCAGAUGUCCGAAUUGAGAAAUCAGCGAACUCAGUGCCUGACAGCUGUCAGUCAACUGACAAUCAGAAUCACUCGCACCAGUGGCUCAUGCAUCCCUGCUGUAAAAUCUGUUCAAAUCUUCGGCCAACCUGCUGUCUCAAAUCAGAGAGAAAUACUUGAAAAAGUCUACAAAAUAUACUUGGAAAGCAUAACUCCAAUGCCAAAAAUUGCUGACAAAGUAAAUACAACAGAGACAAAACCUAAUACGAGCUUAGAAACCCAUUCAGGUCUGGAAAUACCGGAUGAGUUCUUGGACCCAAUAAUGUGUGAGAUAAUGGCGUUGCCAAUGUUGUUGCCAUGUGGAAAGAGUCUUGACCAAUCAACUCUAGAGAAAUAUAUUGACACUGAAGCUUCAUGGGGGCGACAACCUAAUGAUCCUUUCACAGGAGUUCCAUUUUCUGCAGAUUCCAAACCAAUUCCAAACAAUUCUCUGAAAUCAAGAAUUGAUGCCUUUGUGUUGCAGAAUUCCAACAAUGAGAAAUUGAAAUCUGUGCCAAGAACACUUGGGAGAAAACAUGGAGAGAUUGUAAAUAAACCAAGUCAGACAUCGCUAUUUCCAUCAGUGUCAAGUACAGCACAUUGCAGUACUAAUUCAAAUUUGAAACGAAAUAUGGAUUUUCAUGAACAUGAAAGUGAAUUGCAUUCCAAAAAACUAAAACCUGACUCUUCAGUUCUGAGAUCAACAGUGGUAUCAUCAAAUGGAAUGUCAGAAAACAAUCAAAACAGUUCACAACCUAAGCUGUCACAAUCAAGGGGAGGUAACUCCCAUUCUCAUCAUCCAACCUCUCAUGAAUCACAACUAAACACCAGUUUGAGCCAAGCUAUGUCUCUUCUUAAUGGUUUGCCAUCAUUCACAAAAAGACAAAGCAUUGCAACCAAGUGUGAAGAGUUGAGAGAAACAUGUGUCAGUUGCCACAGUGAUUUAGAUAAAUCUAAAUCUGUUUAUAAACUAGUGUGUUCCCACAUGAUCUGUCGGUCAUGCUUAGUGAGACCAGGUUCGUCCAAACAAAUUAUACACUGUGGAAAAUGUGAUAAUGUCAGCCCAUUGUCACAGGUCACAAGGGUUCAUGUAUAACAAAUUUGAUUUGCUUUUCUAAACUAUUCAAAUUAAUAUUUUGGAUUUAAGGGAAGAAUGUUGCUCUGGCAUAUCACAGUGUGACCAGUGAGUAAUAUGGAAUGUCGAUGUAUUUAUUGUGAUAGACAGGUUAUAUGAAGGUUGCCUUUACUGAGCGUACAAGGUGGUCCAGUUGCCUGUGGGUUCAUGAGUUCAUCAUGCCCAAAAUAAGGGUUUGGUUACGACUUUGGUACAGUGUGUGGAGCCCAUUGGUACUGUCAUCUGCCACAACUUUGCUGGAAUAUUGCUAAAAGCAGCAAAAAGCCAUUGUCUAACACUACUUAGAAAAUGCUUCUUAAAG